UUUCAAAAACUUUGAAAUUAUUGGACGCCAGAUAUUCAAUUGAUCCCACGGGCCACGGCACGUCUAUAUAAACAGCUUAACGUGAUUCUCUAGAUCCAUCCACCCUUCCAUCCAUUAGAAAGGAAAACAGCAGUAGUAGUGCACCAUGGCGCUCACCACGGGCACUAGCCAAGCCUUGCUCGAUGCUCAGCUCGAGCUUUGGCACACCACCUUCGCCUAUGUCAAGUCCAUGGCGCUCAAGUGCGCUCUGAACCUCCGCAUUGCCGACGCCAUCCAACUACAUGGCGGCGGCGCCACUCUCCCCCAGAUAAUCGCCAAGGUCACGCUCCACCCGUCCAAGAUCCCAUGCCUGCGUCGCCUCAUGCACGUGCUCUCUGUCACCGGCAUCUUCAGCAUCCAGCAACCGGCUGAUGACGGCGGCGAGCAAGUUUAUGGGCUCACACCGGUAUCCCAACUUCUGGUUGGCUCCUCGAACUUGACUCCCUUCAUGACCUUGGUGCUGGAUAGCCUCGUUGUGUCCCCCUUCCUUGACCUCGGCGCAUGGUUCCAGCGCGAGCUCCCAGGUCCGUCCCUCUUCGAGAUGAAGCACGGGCAGAGCAUGUGGGAUUUCAUCAACCAAAACUCAGCGUUCUGUGCCCUCGUCGACGGAGGGAUGGUCUCAGAUAGCAGCUUCAUCAUGGACAUCGUCAUCAAGGAGCGCGGCGACGUCUUCCAGGGUAUAAGCUCCCUGGUCGACGUUGCCGGGGGGCUCGGCGGCGCAGCCCAGGCCAUAGCAAAGGCAUUCCCGCAUGUCAACUGCAGCGUGCUGGAUCUCCCGCAAGUCAUCGCCAGUGCUCCCGCUAUCACUAAUGUGAAGUACACUGCCGGUGACAUGUUUGAGAGCAUUCCAUCGGCAAACGCUGUCUUCCUCAAGUGGGUUUUGCAUGAUUGGGGCGACGCAGAGUGUGUCAAGAUACUAAAGAACUGCAAGAAAUCUAUACCUCCCAGAGAUGCAGGAGGAAAAAUCAUAAUAUUAGACAUGGUGGUUGGAGGAGGGAAGUCAAAUCUAAAGCACCAAGAGACGCAAGCGCUAUUUGAUGUCCACAUGAUGAUUAUGAAUGGCGUCGAGCGAGACGAGCAAGGGUGGAAGAAGAUUAUUUUCGAAGCCGGAUUUAGCGAUUACAAAAUCAUGCCCAUUCUAGGUGUUCGAUCCAUCAUCGAGCUCUACCCAUAAACAUUCGGUAAUACACCUGGUUAACUCGCAUGGAGCUGGCCCUUGUUAAUUUGCAGUCCUACAUAAUAAGUGUGACCGUGGUGGUCAACCACAUCGUGCCCACUGAAUGUAUGAUUCCGCGCAUAUUAUGUACCUGGAAAUUGUACCGCCUAUGUACCUGUCUAUGAAAGUUCACUUUGAUCA